AGUCACCGGCUCACAGAGAGCUGCUCAGCGCGCUGAAACCAUAUCUCGCUCUGGAUAUUGUUGAACACCAAACCGCUCGGAUGUGCAAUAUGACUUUUGAAGACACCAGUGGAGAUAAUUCUUCAGAAAGGAUGGAAUCGGUGGCUAAAGCGUUAGAGGAGGUCCUGAGCUCUGCGUUGCCUCAGGGUUGCAUCACUGUCGGGGUCUAUGAGGCAGCAAAGUCACUAAAUGCGGAUCCAGACAAUGUGGUGUUGUGUCUGCUGGCCACAGACGAUGAGGAGGAUGUGGCUCUCCAGAUUCACUUCACUUUAAUCCAGGCAUUCUGCUGCGAGAACGACAUCAACAUCCUUCGUGUCAGCAACAUGAGGCGUCUGGCAGAAAUACUGGGAGGAGGGAAACCUGGAGGGGAGCCCACGGACCUGCACUGUGUUCUCGUCACUAAUCCUCAGUCGUCACUGUGGAAGGACCCCGCACUGAGCAAAGUGAACAGGUUCUGCAGAGACAGUCGCUGUUUGGAUCAGUGGGUGCCUGUUAUCAACCUGCCCGACCGAUGAAGCAGCUUGGAAUAUUCAUGUUUUGUGUGCAUUUGGGGAAAAGUAACUGCACAAGGCCUGUGUUAAUGUCUGUUGGACUCAUUUGGAAAGUGCCCCAGGGAGAGAGAGAGAGAGAGAGAGUCAGGAGGGGCAAAGAACGCAAGUGUUUACAACAAGGAAGUCAAACGCUCCAACAAAUUUACCAGGUCAGGGUGAACUUGUGGGCCAAGGAAGUGUGACUCAGCAGUCUGGGUUCCAGGAUUUCCAGUGUAUGACUGCGCCUUUCUCUGCCGAGAAAGAAGCCUUUACAGGAAACUGAAUCAUGUGAGUGGACAAGCACACGUGGUGGUGAGCACAGGCGCAGGACUGGGGAACAGCAGACAGAGAGCCUCCAAGAACUGGACCACGCUGGAGCGGAGCAGUCUGAGCUCCCAGCUCGAAGGACUGCACAAGAAAAUUCGACCAAAUCAUUUCUUUAACAGCACAUUUAUUUAAGAAUAUUUAAGGCGUGUCACUUUGAUAACUCAAAAGGGAAAGUUUUCACAGUUUAUUAUUAUUAUUAUUAUUAUUUUAGGGACAAUGCAAUGUUAGACUUGUCCACUAACUGAUGUUUUUAUGUGUCAUUAAUUUAAUGAAUUAUAUUUAUUGUGCAUAGUUCAUGGAAUUCUGCCUUGUUAAGUUGAAUGAAAUAAACAACCAACAGUUCA